ACGUUCACCAAGCGGAAAUUUGGCCUGAUGAAGAAGGCCUAUGAGUUGAGCGUCCUCUGUGACUGCGAAAUUGCCCUCAUCAUCUUCAACAGCACCAACCGCCUCUUCCAGUAUGCCAGCACCGACAUGGACAAGGUCCUCCUCAAGUACACCGAGUACAGUGAGCCCCACGAGAGCCGGACCAAUGCCGACAUACUGGAGACUCUAAAGCGGAAGGGUUUAGGCCUAGAUGGCACAGAAAUGGACCUAGAGGAGGUUUUGGACCCAUCUGGGAAACCCAGGAGGCUUGGCGAUGGCAUGGAUCUCACGUUGGCACGACCAAAGCUUUGUUCGACGGCUUCCAUUUCCAGCCUCGAUGGGCCACCGAUGGGAACCCCCUCCUCUGGAAGCGAGGGGAGGGGAGGCAGCAGCGGUGCUGAGUCCCCUCUUCCAUUGGGUCGUUUCCAGACAUCGAAGCCCAUUCUCCCCAAACAACAUGGCAUCGUUUCUGGGCUGUCUCCUGGAACAGGAAUUGGAUACCCAGUUUUCUCCCAUGGCAACCUCAGCCGCACCCUGGCAAGCAAGACUCCUCCACUGUACCUGGCAGCUGACCAUUGCCGGACAGAAGGGCACCUAACCAGUGGCAGGAAUAACCUGACAUCAGCGCGCUCACUGUAUCCUGGCCUCCCGAAUCCUGUGUUGCCCCCAGGAAGCACCACUCUCCCUGGACAUGGACUGCCAGCCUUUCAUUUCCCCUCUUCCAGCCAGUCAGAGUUCACCUCCAACGAGAGGAAUGUACAUCCUUUUGGCUUCCAGGCCAAUAAUGUGGCCACGUGGCAACACAGGGAUAUGGCAGUUGCCACCACACACUCUCCUCCUCCGGGAGUACAAAUUCGAAUGGGUGACCAGGCUUCCCUAGUCUCUGGCUCGCCUCCCCUGCAUGCACCGGUCAGUGUCAAGUCCGAGCGGGCCUCUCCAACCUCCAUCUGUGCUUCAACGGUCCCUCAGCACCUUCCUUGCACCCUGAGCAACAUCCCUGUGGACCUCCAACCUCGGAAUGAUUACGUCAAGGCCUACCAUUACUCCUUGCUUCUCUCUCGGCCGCUAGCAGAGGAAGAAGGGCCUCACUCCCGGCGCCGUCUCCAGCCGGCAGUAGAGGAAUGGCAAAGAUAAUGGGGCGGUUGGCUUGUCCAUCCAGGUGGAAAGUGUGUGUGUGUGUGUGCGCGCAAUCCUGUGAGAGAGGGGGGAUUCGCAUUCAGAGCUCAAUCACAAAAAUGAUAAAGGUCCAAAAGGGAGGCAAUUGACUAACUUUGUGGCUGUUUGAAAAUGGAACAGGAUCCCUCCAGAUGAAAAGAGUGAACUCCCUUGACAAUGAAAUGGGCUCUUUGUUGUUGUUGUGUGUCUUCAAGUUGUUUCCGACUUAUGGCAACCCUAAGCUGAACCUGUCAUGGGUUCAGAGGGGGUUUGACCUGGCCUUCCUCUGAGGUUGAGAGAGUAUGACUUGCCCAAGAUCACCCAGUGGGUUUUCAUGGCUGAGCGAGGAUUCGAACCCUGAUCUCAGCAUUAUAGUCCAACACUCCAUGCUGACUCUCUCCUUACUUGAAGGACUUGAAGCCGUGGUUGGCUGGCUGCUAACAGAGAUGCUUUAGUUGUGGCUUUCUAUACCAGUAGGGUAUUACAUAGCAGUCCUUUUCAGUGACCUAUCCUAGUCUCUGUGGGUUUGACGGGAUCCCCAAGAGUCCUCUAUUCCAGCCCCUUCCAUGCCAGAAGACACAAGUACAGCACUCCUGAGAGAUGACUAUCCAAAGGCCUUUGAAGAAAGAAGGUUUACCACCCUCCAAAGCAAGUCAGUUCCUCUGGCAAACACUUCUUAUCAGGGCAAGGUUACAGAACCGGGGCUUGCAGGGUGGAAAUGUCUUGGUUUCCCAACCAAGAGGACCCCCAAGAUCUACAGCUCUGGGAUCCCUCUUGAAUGUUGCUACAAUCCUCACAAUAACUGGAGAGGAAGCUAAAAUAUGUAUUGUGGCCAAUGAUCUCCAUUGCAAAACAAAACUUCUUUGUCGUAUUAACUUGGGUUCCAUGUGGGGAAUGUAAAGCCAGUAGCUCCACAAAAGACCUCCUGAGGAUGCAAGCUGGGAUCCUGUGCACCGUGUCAGCGGUUGCACUCCAUGCCAGGAAAAGUUGUGCUUGUUGAAUUGGAGAAGACCUUUUGCCCCAGUUCACUUCCCAAUCCCAAAAUCCCUUCACUAUUUCCUAUGGGCAAACAGCAACAAACCUCAGGGGAUGGCAGAGUCUCCUUCUUUGGAGGUUUUUAAGCAG